GAGAGAGCCUGAGGUCAAGGAGACGCUGAGCUGCCGCUGAAUCUCGAAGACCCCCACCAAGUGCAGCCGCGUCACAACGGUCAGUCGCUGCUGCUGCGUACCGCAUCAUGGCUGGAGCGUCACCCUCGACAAGGAGGCAGGGAGGGAGCUGACGACAAGCCCACCGAUGGCUGCCUGGAAGCGCUCGGCGCUCUUAGAGAGCAGUGGCGUGGAAGGGCAGCCGAACAUCGGCGGGCGGGGCUGACUGUCCGUCAGCCCCAUCAGUGGCCAAGGCCCUUAAGGCCCCGCAUGUCGACGCGCGGCCACACGUCGGCUCCCCCCAGCCCGCUGCACCCGUCAGCGCGCACACCACCACACAACUGCAGCAGCAGCGAGUCAGCCUCCCCGAGAGCGAGACACUGGCCCCCCCCUGACCAGGCGACCGACAUUUACGCAUCAUCCAGCGGCUGGCAUUCCAGCAUGAGUCGAGGAGACGCUGAGCUAGCGCCUCCAUGAUGAACAACACCAACACGACAGGCUCCCGCUGCCGAGAUUCGACUCGGCACAGCGGCUGAUGUUCGCCCGCCAGCACUCAAGACGCGACCUGCCGACCUUUGACUAAAGGGGAUCGACUAGGGGGCGUCCCGUGGCCACCACGGGCAACCGCCUCUAUGACGUGUCUGAUCGCAGCCCUUCGUCCAUCUCGCAGACCAUAUCUCGACGAGUAUCGAGGCAGCCCUCACAGCUCGAGGGAGGGGGAGCGAUCGAAGGUCGUCGGGCGAGUCGUCCACGUUCGCACAGGCGCUGACACGCACAGACGCUGCAGCGGAUGCUGACGCGCAUCCAGGAGCGGCCGAAGCACAUGCAGCGGCGGUCCUGCACAUCGGCGGACUCGAGAGCACCAUCUCUCUCAACCCACUCGACGAGCACCAGCUGCCCGUGCGCUUCACCGGCGCCCUUCAUGACGACGAGGUCCAGACUUACAGGUGCAAGACUGUCCUAGGUGACUUCAUCCAGGCUGACAAGAUGGUGGGUUUGCGGCUGGAGCAGCUCACCUUCGAGGGCAAGUGCGGCGGCAAGCCCUCUCGACGCGAGCAGGCAUCGGGGACCGGCCGUCUCUCCACAAGACGAGCUGAGGCGCCUGCAAGACAGAGUCGCCACGGCAGGUGCGUCGGCCUCCCCCACCCCCGGCCGCUUGGACUGCCACUGGACGGUCAGCAAUGUGCGUGCAGAGAUGGGGUCAUCGUCGACGACGCGCAUCCUGCUGGCCGUGUGAGAGGGGUGGCCCGACCAUCGACGGGAGCCACAUGCGCUUCGGACUGUCUGUGCCCCUGCCGCCCCGCCCGACAAAUCACCAUCCAUCCAGUUCCGACCACUCCCCACCCACCACUAGUGACCCUAACGGACACCCUUGACACACGAUGGCAGCUUCCUCGCGCCACCUGGGGUGAGCAAAGCAGACGUGCAUCCAUGCAAACAGACACUCAUUGAUUGAUUGCAUCUUGGUGGGUACAUGUGCGCUGCAGCCCGGUGUUGGUCGUGGAGACGUCUCACUCCCCACCCGCUCACCCAGCCGCCCACACCGUCACCAGCACCAACACCAGCGACAGCAGCCACCGUCCGACAGCGUCAUGGAUGGCACGAAUGCCAGCUCGUCUGUCUGGGGCUGUCCUACUGUGCGACAGCUGCCGCUGCUUCCUCUAUCACCAGUGACACCCUGCUGCCGACGGAGCCCACACAGCCAAGCCACCCCAUCCCCACCCGCAGCGAGGAGCUGUGCCCGACAAUGGCGAACCUAGACGGCAUCGGGAUGGGCGCUGACGGGGGCGAGGUCAGCCGACAGACCCCCGGGGGCGAGGUCAGCCGACAGACCCCCACAUUGUGCCCACCCGUCUCCGCCCAGCGGCGAGGGCUAUACGGGGACACCAUCCACUGUGUGCCAGAGUGAGGGCAACCAGAGCGGGGGCGCACCAGAUGCGUCUGGCGUGGGCAUGGCCGCCGCCGUGUCUUCGAGCGUCAGGCAUCCCGGUGCAGGGAGUGGGCAUGGGAGGCGGCAGCGGUGGGCUGGGCCUGCUCGAGGGCAACAACCAGCCCCUCGUGGCAAGUGCAACGUGCGGCAGGAGCGGCUGCGGGACGUGCAGGCACCGGCGCCCAUUGACAUGCCCAGCCAGGCCACGACCAACCUAAUCGUUUGCCCGUCGAGUUCAGCACUUAUUCCCCGCUGUCACCACAGCUUCUGUGCAGACGGCCAGCAGACACACACACAGAGAGAGAGGCAGACCGAGAGAGAGGGGGAAUGCGAGUCUGUGUGUGGGGUGCCUUUUGUUUUUCCUUUCGAGAGGAUGUUUGUCGCGUGACGUGAUCCGCUAGGCUGGCUGAAUGAAUGGCUGGUUGGCUGGCUGGAUGGAUGGAUGUGUGCCGGUGUGUGUGUCUGUCUGCGUACGUGGAGUGUGAUGGGAUGGAUUGUCGUAUCGUAUUGAUGGGUGUGAGUGUAUUUGAGCUUUCGAUCCAAGUAAGUGUGCGUCCGGGGUGAGUGUGCUGUGCUGUGUGUGUCGGGGAGUGGGCGUCUGGGGGUCCUGCAGUGCGAUGGGGCCCUCAGCGCAUCUCGGUGUGAGCCCACCUGUGUGUGUCAUCGAUUCAUGUCUGCGUGUCGGGCGCCCCCGUGUUUGGCUGCAUCGCACGUCUCAUCGCUCGACUGUCUGCCGCCGUCUGCACCUGUCUCAUCGCUCGUGUCUGUCUGAGGGGGCGCCCUGUGUGUGGCUGUGUGUGUGUCACUGAUGGGUGUGUGUGUUGUGUGGACUGCAUUGUGUGUGGUGGCGUGCAUUUGGCUGGCCUGGCUGAGAUGUCAUUUGUCUGUUUGUCUGGUUGCUGUGCGCAAGUCACUGUGAGAUGGCCCGCCGAGGCGCUCGACGGGCCCCGCACUCGGGCAGCGCACGCCAACACCCAAAUUCUGUGCGAUGGAUGGAUGGAUGGACUGUCGUGUCGUCUGUCUGGCCGUGUGUUUGGAUUGUCAGUCAUUUGUCGGCUGUUUCCUUUUUUCUUUGGCCUGUACGGUCGUGUUGUCUGUCUGGCUGGCUGAGGGCGGGCGUGGUUGUGGGUCGUUUCCCCUUCUCUGUCACAUCUCUGGCUGGACUACUACGGCAACACACAACCGAUUUGCUGCCUCCUCGUGUGUGCGUCUGUCUGCACAGCACAAGCUGCCACUCACUGAGACUCAGCCAAGCAAGCAGUCUGGUCGUCUAAUUCAGUACGGUGUGCCUGGCUACCAUCAAAUAAAACAGGAAGGUUCAUACUGAUGUGGUGGUGUGAGGCGGGAGGAUGGGUGAUGCGGUGGAGGCAAGACGGCGGGGGAAUGGAGAUCAAUGCGUGAGCGAAGGAUAGCUAGCUAAUGGGGCGGGGCACUGCUGCAGUGCAGUGCACUUACUGCAGCAGACGGUUGUUAUGCGCAAACGAUUGAUUGCUAUGAGGCAGCGUGCGCCAAGCGUACAGUGCCUCUUUUUCAAGCAUGUUAUCCG